ACUCUACCCUCCCUCCUCCUGGCUUGACCAUCCUCCCCCCAUCCAGCAAUGAGUUGUAAUCCAGCAAUGUCACCCUGGUCGGUCUGGCCAGUCAGAUGGUCAUGGGCUACGCUGAUGUCAGCUGGACAGCGGGAGGGAAUCCGGUCACCAGCGGCAUCGCUACGAGUGGCCCCGUGCCGCAAGCCGACAAGACGUUCCAACUCAACAGCUGUCUGACCGUUGACACGUCAGAAUGGAACCAGGACAAAGUGUUCUCAUGUAAAGUCACCGCGGGCUCCAAGUUCGCUGAGAAAGGCAUCAAAAAGUCUGAAUGCAGCACU